UCACUGCCAGUAGCGGGGCCGCGGGCGUGAGGGGACUGGGAGGCGGCGGCGGGUGGGCAGCGCCGUGCCCGGGCUCUUUCCCCGGGGUGUGUGGCUGAGGCGGGGCGCGGGGCCGCAGCGGCGCCCGGCUCCGAGUGCAAGGGGCGCGGGGAGGGGGAGCCCGGCCCCGGGCGGCGCGGCGGGAGCGAAGUCUUCGUCUCCCUCCCCGCCUGCGGCGGGAGGUCCCGGGCAGGGGCGGCCCCAGGUGGGGGAGCUGGGCGGCGAGGAGGGAGUCUCCGCGCCCCCGGUGUCCGUCCCCUCCGGCCCCGCGGGCGGCCGUGCCGGGACGCGCGGGUCCCCCCCGCGCCGUCGGGGUCCGGCAGCAUGAACAUCCUGCUGGAGCUCUUCGUGGUGACUUUCCGAGUGCUGUGGGCUUUCGUGCUGGCCGCCGCCAAGUGGCUGGUGCGGCCAAAGGAGAAGAGCGUGGCGGGGCAGGUGUGCCUGAUCACCGGGGCGGGCAGCGGCCUGGGCCGCCUCUUCGCCCUGGAGUUCGCCCGGCGCCGGGCGCUGCUGGUCCUGUGGGACAUCAACACUCAGAGCAACGAGGAGACGGCGGGCAUGGUGCGACACAUCUACCGGGAGAUAGCCGAGGAGGCGGCGGCCGCCGUCCCCAGAGUAGCUGGAGAUGGAGAAAAAGAUGCGCUGCUCCAUUGCAACUUGCAGGUUUACACAUAUACCUGUGACGUGGGCAAAAGAGAAAAUGUCUACUCAACAGCUGAGAGGGUCCGCAAGGAGGUUGGCGAGGUGUCUGUCCUGGUGAACAAUGCCGGCGUGGUCUCCGGGCACCAUCUACUGGAGUGCCCUGAUGAGCUUAUUGAGAGGACCAUGAUGGUCAACUGUCAUGCACACUUCUGGACCACUAAAGCAUUCCUUCCCAAGAUGCUGGAAAUGAAUCACGGACACAUUGUGACAGUUGCAAGUUCCUUGGGAUUGUUCAGUACUGCUGGAGUGGAGGAUUAUUGCGCCAGCAAAUUUGGAGCUGUAGGUUUCCAUGAGUCUUUGAGCCAUGAACUGAAGGCUGCUGAAAAGGAUGGAAUCAAAACAACUUUAGUCUGCCCUUAUCUUGUAGAUACAGGAAUGUUCAGAGGGUGCAGGAUCAGAAAAGAAAUUGAGCCUUUCCUUCCACCCUUGAAGCCAGAAUACUGUGUGAAGCAGGCUAUGAGAGCUAUCCUUACAGACCAGCCAAUGAUCUGCACACCUCGCCUCAUGUAUAUGGUCACCUUCAUGAAAAGUAUUCUGCCCUUUGAAGCAGUUGUAUGCAUGUACCGGUUUUUGGGUGCAGACAAGUGUAUGUACCCUUUCAUCGCGCAAAGGAAACAGGCUACAAACAACAAUGAAGCAAAAAAUGGAAUUUAACACUGUUUUGGAUGGACUAACCUUUAGAGGUGAAUAUGAAAAUAUUACAUGACUGAAUUGCGAAGUGCACUUGCAUCUAACAGAUGCAAAUGUCAACAUCUUACUGUGGCAUUCUCUUGGGUCCUAAACCUGUGUAUUGAACUCUAAAAAUCAAUGGGUUUUUUAUAUACUGUAAAUAAAACUGACUAGAGUACUUGGAAAAUGUGAUAGGUAAGCAAAGUGAAUUUACCGUGUAGCUGCCACCGUCGUCCUUUAGAAUAUCACUGUAUGUACAGUAAACUAGUCAUACUACUUCUUGUAGGGAUGCACUGUGUCAUGUCUCUUCCUCAGCAUGCUGAGGCUGAUAAGAGCUGUCUCCAACUAGAAGAUGCAAUGUUUCAGAAAUUGUUUGUCUUUCCCUAUGUUAAUUGGGAAGGGGGAGGGAGGGAAAACUUGAGAUUUAAGCUACUGCUUAUGACCUCUUAGCAAAUUCAAGGACAGUUUCUGAAUGCACCUCUUCACGUUCACCCAAGAGCUCUAAAGGACACAUGGCCAAAUUGUGGUGUAAUUCUCUUUUGUAGCAAUUGUGCGUGUUCUUUUUAAACAAAGAUAAAAAGAAAUUUGUAAAUCUCUGCCAAUUCAAAGGCAAGUGAAUGUCUCAUACUCUCAGAGCAAACUUGUACUGGGCAUCUGGUUUUCUAGGAAUGCAGUCAGUGAUUGAAACUGACUUUUUUCAAGUCACUUGAUUUGAAAUAUGCUUUGUUCUGUUUCCCUCUAUAUGCCAGAGUCCAACUAAUACUAUGGACUAUAUGUUUCUUUUCUUCCUCCUCAUUCUUCCUUCUGACAGAGUUCUCCCACCCCUAAGGAAGUUGUUGUAUUAAAUUUCUGUAACUGGACUUGUGCCUAAAAGACAAAGCAACUCAGCUGAGAUACAAACUGUUUAUGUAAGUGCUGGUCAUAUGCCAAUUAUUAGCAAAGGAAAAAUAGAAUAACGCCUGAUGCAACUCUACAUGCGGAAUAUGGAAGGGUGUAAAGAUUUUUUUUUGAGUUGUACUCACAUUUUAGAACAGCAAAUGACAUUUUUACAGUAUUUUUUGUAAAGCAAACAAUUUUGUGCCUUGAAUAAUUUGGUAAUCUGUAUUAGUGAAGCAUUGUAAAAGUGAACUUCUACCUCUGUAUCUUAAUGUAUACCAUCCACUUGUAAACUACUAUCAGACAAAUUGUGAUUACUUUUUUAGAAUGUCUUGUUAAAUAGUGACCAAUGCCUGUGGUUAUUAAAGUGAGCCACCUUUUCCUUAAAACAGUGAUUGCAAUGCUUCCUUGAAAGACUAAACUAAUGCAAACUACUUGUGCCUGUUCCGUAGCUCUUUAGUAUCAACACAGUUCAAAUAUUUAUUGCUCAGUUCCUGUAUCCAGUUCAUCAGCUACAUGGUUUACAGUGUAAUCUCUUAAGUCUAUCACUAAGUACUGUGAAAUUAGGCUUUAGGAGCUGACAGUUUUCUAUAGUUUGUAAACUCAUCGAUGAAGUAACUGGUCAAAGAGCUUUUGAAUAAUAUUCAUUUUGGUUUUCUAUAGAGCUUCAUUUAGAUCUACAUAAAAAUGACCCAGUGUGGAUGCAGUUUUAAUGAAUUUAAAUGUAAAUACUGUUUCAGUACAGCUGCAGUUAUUGCUUCAUAUAUAUAUCAUACAUACAAAAAAAAGGUAUCUGUGUGGAGAAUAGUGUUGUUAACUAAGCCUGUUUAGAAAUUAAAGUAGAAGAAACUGUUUACAUUAACCCUUACUCCAAAUUCCAUGCUCUUUUGAAAAAACUUCUUAAUGACUUCCCCAGGGCCAAAUUAACUCCUGUGUUCUUACAGCAAAGUCACUAAAAGCAAGUACAGCAAAUUUCAUUCUAUUAUAUAGCAUCAUUUUAAAGCACACUUCUUUCUAAGAUGUCUCAAUCUAUAUUGCUGUCUUGGACUAAGAAGCAACUUUUAAAGUUUAAUAUAUUGAUACUCAGGACACUUAUUAGCCUGAUAUAACAUGAAAAAAAAGAAGCUGCCCAGUAAUAUCAAGUUUCUAUAAAACAUUGUGCCAAUUUACAAUGGUUAUAGACUUACUUAAAAAGUAGGUUCCAGGGCUUGUAGGGCUCUACUUUAAUUAUUGAAUACUUUGUCAUCCUGGUUUCUGUACUACCAUUCCAGAAAUAUGAUGGUCCAUCUCAGUUCUUGAACUGUGUGGCUGAGGGGUGGCUUGUGCGUGGUGUGCUCUGUGAGCACGUUUCUAAAACUUUUUCAGACCCUUAACUUUUCACCUUCUAUUCAAAAGUCAAUUAGUUACAUAUAGAGAAAGGGGAUACCAGAUACCUUGUAGAUCUGGUGAGAAUUGCUUAAGAGCUUGUGGGGAGAAUCUCUGAGCCUAAUUUCAUAUUAUUCUAGUUUGUCAAGUAAUAUCAAAGUUAUUGCCCACAACAUCCCUGGAGGCAGCUAUGGUUCCAACCUUAACAAAAUGGAUAGUGCUUGUCUUGAAAAAUGGGAGACUGGGCUUAAAUUCAAUUCAAGCCUCCAGAGAAACAAAUUCAAAGUGUCAGUUUCUCCUGAUGUAGAUAGGCUGCUUUAGAAACAAUCCUGAAACUUCUGUCACCUCUAGUCACACCUUAAAAAAACAGCACAUAAAGAAGCUGGUCACCUGUCCGAGAGGGUUUUUGGCUGACUUGAUGGUUUCCAGUUGCACGGGUGACUCCUAUGAAGCAGGAAGAGAAGACUUGUGACUGAGGAUGGAGUGGGAACUGGGGUUUCCCCUCUUUAGUUUACCCUAAACAGCUGCAAAUACCAUGUGAUACUGAGAGUUUUCUUUAGCACUACAGUCAGAAACUAUGAGAAUUACUGUGUCUCUACAGGGUGGUGGCUCUACACCAAUUAACUGAUAGACUGAAUUAUUUCAGCGCAAAGCCAGUGCAGUUUAAGUAGCUCAGGUAAAAGUUUAAAUUAAUACUUUAAACUAGUAACUAGGUGUAGGAAUGUUUUCCUUCAUUCUGUAAGACGAUGCUGCAAAAGUUUACUGUUACAUCCAGAUGAGCCAAUAUGGGCGCGUCUCUUGGUAUCUUCCUGUCUUUGUCUUGCUGUAGCAACCAGAUGGGAUAGGCAGCUGAUGAAAGUGUUCUCAGAAAGCUUCUAUCUUAAUGGUGCUAAGCUUAUAGUCAUGUAUAUGAGGUGUUUGAAGAUCAUUCUAUAGCACUGUACUUCCCCUUAAGCAGGACAAAUCACACCCUUAUCUUGGCACAUCUACAAUGGUGCUGUUAACCCUAGUUAACAGUCAGUGGAGAGAAAUCGGGGCUACCUGAUUUAGGGACUUAGAGUUUUUUGGGGUGUUUUAGUUUGUGUUCCUGUCUGAUGAUUAGAUACUUUCACAACACAGGAGCUGGCUGCUUUCUCACAGAAUCACAGAGUGGUAGGGGUUGGAAGGGACCUCUGGAGAUCAUCUUGUCCAACCCCCCUGCUUGAGCAGGCACACCCAGAGCAGGGGGCACAGGAGCGCAUCCAGGUGGGUUUUGAACAUCUCCAGGGAAGGAGACUCCACAACCUCCCUGGGCAGCCACUUCCACUGCUCUGUCACCCUCACAGGAAAGAAGCUUUUCCUCAUAUUGAGGUGGAACUUGCUGCGUUCCAACUUGUGCCCAUUUCCCCGGUGCUGUCAUUGGGCACUAAUGAAAAGAGUCCAGUCCCAAAGUCGUCUUGCCACAGAAGAUGUCUGCAUGACCAGUUCAGACAUCAUUAUCUGUGCUUGGUCAGAGGAAUGGUACCUUAAGGGUUUGUAUGUGUUCUGUUUAAACCAAAUCUCAGAAGGUGUGAGAGAACUUUUCCCUCUCUGAGGAAUAAAAUUCCUCAGAUUUGCCCUGUGGUAAGUAUAUGUGCAUAGACAGUUGCUGCAAUAUAACCGGUACGUCCGAAGUGUGCUCACAGCCAGGCUUACCUUGUGGUAGCUUAGUUCUGGGCUUACACUUGGAGAAUUUGUCUGUGUAGUUCCCACGUAAAUGUCUAUACAAAUAGUUCUCUAGCACCAGGCUCAGUGGUGCCCAGAGACAGGGCAAGACGCAACGGGCACAAGCUGAAACAGGAGGUUCCUUCUAAACAUUGGGAAACACGUUUUCACUGUGAGGGUGACCAAGCACUAGCACAGGUUGCCCAGAGAGGUUGUGGAGUCUCUACAGAGAUAUUCAAAAGCCAUCUGGACAUGGUCCUGGGCAACCGCCUCUAGGUAGCCCUGCUUGAGCAGAUGACCUCCAGAGGUCCCUUCCCACCUCAACCAUUCUGUGAUUCUUCCAGAAAAAAAGGGAGCCUAGUUUCUGGUUAGUAGACACACUAUGAAUGUGAAUUAGCAUUUCUUAUGAGCUUGACCAUGUAGGAAGGAAAUGUAGAGUAAUCUGAAUUCACAUCUCCUAUACCCACCUCCUAUAUGGACAGUCCCAAUGGGAAGUGGAGCCUCGGUUAAUUUCAUUAACUUUAUGUAGCUCAAUAGAAGACUGUAAACCUAGAUUUUUCCUCUAUCUGUAUGAUAAAGGUGUCUGGGGGAGCAAAUUUAUCCGUGUAAAAUCUGAGCUGUUCUCAAAGUGAGUCUUCCUUCUCUUCUGUUCCCUAGUCUUUAAAAGGAGUCUGGGGUCGCCAGGUUACUAGACUGGGUGUGCCCGUUAAGUAGUUGGAGUGAGAUAAAACAAGUUUGGCCUUCAAAUAUCUUUGCUUUUAAUGUUAUUAGUUUCUCGUACCAUGUACUUGUUGGUUAUUUUAUGUAUGAAUUUAGCUGUGGAUUGGAGCCCAUAAGCUAGAUGCCAAAUAUAGUAAAAAUCGUGCUUUCCCCCACACCCUGUUAGGCCUGUUCAGACGGUGUAUGUAGAGUUGUUAAUGCAGACUAAGUACGUACUUUAACUUACAUCAUACUGACUUGUGCAGAAGACCUUUAAGUGGGGUAAGCUAAUCAGGAACGAUACCCUUUUACUUCAUAAUGAAUAGAUAAUUCAGGAGCAAUCAUUAUUCUUUACAUUCAAGCACCAUCAUUGCUUGCCGUAGCUUUUGUGCGUAGACAAAAUCUGACGAGCCUUGUCUUUAGGAGCAACUUGAGGAAAAUCAGAGGAAUCAAAGCUGUGUAGUGAACACACAAAGAGGAUUAAGUUAUGGACCACUGUGGUUCUAAAAGUGUGCAUCUGCACAAGAGUUUAAAGCAUAUAAAAACAUUAAAUUAACCUCUGAAUUUGAUUCCUAAUUUUUCCCCAUCUCUCUGAGUAGACAAGUCCUAAGCAUCUGUACAACAAAACUGGAUGAUCGUAACACAAAAGGUAGUCUGGUAAGUAUUUAUCCUCAGAGUCUGUUUCUGUCCAUUAAUGCUUUAAACCCAAAUUUUCCAAGUACAGAAACUUUGGGGCUCUGCUCAGUUUUCCGUUGCUGCCAAGUUCAUACCCCAUGAACAGGAAAUAAAACUGUCUAUCACAGAGAUAAGGUCUUCUAACAGCCCCUGAAACAGGGGGUUAGGCAGAACUGUUUGAUGAGGGCACCUGAUUUAAGGCUGACUUUGUCAUGAAGCUCCUAACCCCAAAUUCCUGGCGUUUAGUCACACAGCUGCUGCCCUCCUUCGCAAAAAAAAAUUGGGGAAUCUAGGGAUGGUCCCCAACAACGUGUAUGUUUUAUGUCACUAUGUAAAACCCCCAAACCUGGUAUCAUAAUUAGCCUGUUAUGUUUCAGCCUGGCCAUUAAAUGCUGAUGUAUGUAAUGACAGAAAGUAUGGCUUUAUCGUGCCAUCAAAGAAAUGGAGAAAUUUGUACUAACUUUUUUUAAACAUAGUUUAAGUGGACAACCCAAAUAUUUAAAAUAACUUUAGAAGUAACAUUCCGGCUUACAUACUUAUCUAUCUGCUUAAUGCUGACAAUACACAAACAAUUCAUUUCUUCCACA